AACAAGUGCGCGCCAAGCCAAGACAGACCGCGCGCAAACGUAACUUUUGCCGUGCACGAAUCGAAACUCGAAAAACAAAUAAAAAUACUGAAAAAAAUUAGUGGUGUUAUAAAAUAAUGAAAUAAAAGUGUGUUUUGUUAGUGAUAUUUGUGUGUGUUUGCAAUUUACUGAAGGAUUAUUGAACGCAGUAGACCAAUCAGGGCAAGAUGGCGACGAAAUCGUACAGUAAACACAAGGAGUACAAAGAGUACUCCAGCAGCGGUAACAUUCCCUACACCGACGAACAGUUUGACAUGCUGAAAUCCGACCUGAUCCCAAAAGGCAGCAAGCUGGAUUCCUUCGGAACAGGUGGAGGCGCUCGCGAGUACCACUACGAGUAUAAGGAGGAGAAGCAUCCCUCUGGCAAGUACGACAGGAAGGAUCUUCACACUGUCGAGCAAUACACAAUCCCACCGAAAACGGUGCCCAAGGCGUCGGAAAGCAGCUCGUACUACUAUGAGAGGGAGGAACGCGAGCUACCUGCCAUCACCACAGGCACCCGCACCUAUAACUAUGAAAGCAACGCCAGCUCCACUCCUGGUUAUUCCAAGGUGAAGAGCUCGAAGGUGACAAAGGAGCUGUCUCAGAACGUGGAUGAGCUGGACUCGCUGCUAGAUGAUCUGCAGAAGGACCAGGAGAGGCAGCUUUAUAAGAGUGGAUACACAUCAGACACCGCUGAAAGCACGUCUUUUGACUACAAACGCGGAACGCCCGCUAAAGCCCCAUCAAGUGGGUACUCUACCCUCAAACGCGAGGAGCGCCUGGAGAGCUCCUCGUGGGCGCCCAGCCCUCCGCCCGUGGCCAGGACCGCUGAGUUACGCCAGGAGGUCUACAGAGAGGAGAAGACAGAGUCCCGCGUGGUGCCGUCGCAGGUGUCGCCGGCGCUGCCGCUGGCCGUGCCGCAGCCCGUCUGCUCCCAUUGCCAUCACUCCACCGGCACGCUGUCCCGGUCCAGUACCCCCAUGAACAAGGUGACCACGACUGUCAAGACCUACACGUACGAGGUGCCGUGCGACCAGGACCCGGCGUCCGUGCCGCUGCCGCCGGUGGCUGACCACCAGCACACUUACGUGUCUUCGGCUGAUCAGCAGCGCUAUGUUACCUCCAGCACGAGCACGCUGAAGCCGGCCCCGUCGCCGGCGCCGGGCGGCUGCCAGUACUGCUCGCACUGCAACCGGCACGUGCGGGAGUUCCGCCAGGUCACCUCCAACGAUGAGCACACAAGCGAGCGCAUGGUGUACCCGGCGCCGGCCAACGAGACCACCGUGCUGCCUUCAGGGCCUUCAGGGCCUUCCGAGCCGCGCAAUGGACACGGCCCCUACGGUCCAUCCUCCUACAAGUACUCGGAGACGUCGUACUCCUCGCACAACACGACGCAGCGCUUCCCCGCUUCCCCGCCACUCCCCGCUACGACCCACCUAAGCCCCGCGCCCUCGCCCGCGCCCUUCCCGCGUCCCGCGACCCCCUCGGCUGGCACCCAGCAGCCGCCUAAGAAGCUGGAUGAUUUGCUGGCUGAUUUCCCGGAGGCUGUAAGUUGGGUUUUGUUAUCAGUACGCAAUUUUAAGUUAGAAAUUAUAAACUGGUAUAAAGUCUGGUCGUCGAGCACGUAGAAUUUCGUACAA